CACAAUUUCUUGCAGAUUUUUCACAAUUUCUGACAUAAAAUGUCUCGAAAUUUGUGUCGAAUCUGCUUGACAGACCAAAAUUGCUUCAUUUCCAUCCGCGAACAUAUUGGAAACGAAUUAAUAUUAUCUAUCAUCAACAAAAUUGCAGAAAUUUCCUUAUCAGAAGUUGAAGAUUUCCCACAAAUGGUUUGCAAUCUCUGCUACAAACGAUUACGAGACUUUUUAAUAUUAAAAGAUGAAAUUAGACAAACCGAAAAACUCUUGCAGUCACAAAAAAUUGAAAUUCUGGAAGAACCUGUCGAUCGAAAAAUAGAAAUUGAAUACUUACUCGACGAUCCUGAAGCGGAAGAAGCUCUCAUGGAGGAUGAUUAUGAAGAAUUUGAAGUCGUUGAACCUGAAGAAGUACAAAAAAACAUCAAAGAAGACACGAAAAAUGAAUCAAACGAAGUUCUUUUUCCGCUUCUCUCGAAAUGGACUUGCUGUUUUUGCGACGCGUCAUUCACUGACGAGAAAUCCUGCGAGAAUCACGUCAACAUUUCGCAUCCCGAUGCAGUUGCUGUCAAUACUGAAGAAAAUAAAAACCUGAAAUUCUCUUGUCCCAUUUGUCACAAAGGCUUCCGCCGGAAAAAAUCCAUCGGAAAACAUUUAUUCGACAAAUCUUUCAUCGAAGAUCUCACCCGAAAGCCCGACGAAUCUCGAAAAUUGGAAAAAUCUUGCCCGUGUCACGCAUGCGGCAAACUUUUCACCGACAAAUUCGAAGCCAAAAAGCACUACGAUCGCGUUCACGAGACCAACAAACGUGUCAAAUGCGAAAAAUGUGAAAAACGCUUCGCCACACAGAAGUUACUCAAUCGCCAUAUGAUCUCGCAUGCACCGAAAACCUUCAAAUGUGACAAAUGCGAAAAAAGUUUUCCACAAAUGACGCAGCUGAGGAGUCAUUUGGACCGACAUCUCACCAUAAAAAGGUUCAAAUGCGAUUCUUGCCCAAAAACGUACUCGUUGAAGCGACUUUUGGAUACGCAUAUCUUGCAACAUGCUGAAGAAAAGCCUUUCAAGUGCUUACAAUGCCCUAAAAAGUACAAAUGGCCUGAAGAUUUGAAGGCACACACGAAAGCGGAGCACGAAGGAAUUUUUCCCUUCACUUGUGUGUACUGCAAUAAAGGUUACACGUCGAGUAGCAAUAAAAAAUAUCACGAGAAACGCUGCCGAUUGAAUCCUGCUUACAAUAGUGACGAAUAAAAAGCAAU